AUGCCAGACAUCAAAAUAGAAAAAUAUGCCAUUUUUGUCGACAAGGUUGAGGCUGUUCGACGCAGAAUUCACCAACUAACGCAAUGGCCCUCAUCUCCUUUAUUGGUCGAAUACAAGGACAUACGGAUUUCGCCGCGCUAUUUCAUAAUCAAGGCGGAACCUCCGGCUGGGGAAGGUGUCCUGGAGCCGUUACAACAUCCGAUGAAGGAGGAGGAAGCACGUUGGGUGGUGCGUGGAAUUGUGCGGGCGUUGUAUGCGCUCCAUAGCCGUCAAUUGGUGCAUGGGCACCUGCGACUGGAGGCGCUUUUCAGGCAUCAGCCAUCCGGAACGAUCCUACUAGCGCAGCAUGUGCUUCCCAUAGAUUUGUUUGUGCCCUCUAGUGACGUGGGACAAGGCGUCUGGCGCUGCUGCGCCCCGGAAAUUAGGCGGAGUUCCGUGUUUAAUUACAGCGCUGACAUCUGGGCCCUUGGAGCUGUCUUUUUGCAGCUCUUGGCGCCGGCGGGAAAAAAGUUCGAAACGGAAGAUUUGUUGGAGGUGGAUGUCCUCUCUCCUGAUGUCACGUCGUUGCGUCCUUCCGCUGUUAGCUUUGUCGUGCAGUGCCUCCAGGAGGAGGCUGGAGGCCGCCCCACCAUUGCGGAACUACUUCUGCAUCCAUAUCUCACGGACAAAGACGAUGAAUUUGACAGCUACGAGAGUGAUGAAGAGAGCACAGAUGAGUCAACGUAA